CGCAUUUUUUCUUUACGUGAUUCUCUGUAAAUUGUCUCUCCAGAUAGCAGAGCUCAAAUUUGCAAAUAGUCGGACGCUCGAAUCGUCCACUUUCGUUUUUCCUUUAUUAUUUUCUCUUUCUCGAUCCCUGUCCAUCAUCUUCUCCCUCCCCUAGAAGCAAACCCAACCCCGCUGAAACCCUAAUAAACCAAAUCGCCUUCGGCAACAAAGAGAAAGAGAAGAUGUUGAGAGUUGCAGGGAGGAGGCUAUCUUCUUCUAUUCCAUGGAGAUCUUCUCCCGCUUCAUCAUCUUCGGCCUUCAUCGCCGGGAACCCGCUCAACGGUCGCGAUUCAUCCUCCGAUGGAAAUGGCCCCCAAUCCAUCUCCUCACCUGACUACACAUUUUCACUCGCCUCCGAAUUCCUCCAUCCAAUUAGAGGAUUUGCUUCUGAAUCUCUGGCUCCCACACAUGACAUUGGUAUGAUCUCAGACCUCCCAGCUACUGUGGCAGCUGUCAAGAAUCCUACCUCGAAAAUAGUUUAUGAUGAGCACAAUCAUGAGCGUUAUUCACCAGGGGACCCAAGCAAACGUGCAUUUGCAUACUUUGUGCUGACUGGUGGCAGGUUUGUGUAUGCUUCCUUGAUCCGUCUUCUGGUACUCAAGUUUGUCUUGAGCAUGUCUGCCAGUAAGGAUGUUCUUGCCCUUGCCUCCCUUGAGGUAGACCUCUCCAGCAUUGAACCUGGAUCCACUGUUACGGUCAAGUGGCGUGGUAAGCCAGUUUUCAUCAGGCGCCGAACUGAGGACGACAUCAAGUUGGCUAACAGUGUUGAUGUUGCCUCACUCCGAGACCCACAGGACGACUCUUCCAGAGUUAAGAACCCAGAAUGGCUUGUGGUAGUUGGGGUGUGCACCCAUUUGGGGUGCAUCCCCUUACCAAAUGCUGGUGACUUUGGUGGAUGGUUUUGCCCAUGCCAUGGAUCGCAUUAUGACAUAUCUGGCAGGAUCCGCAAGGGACCAGCACCUUACAAUCUGGAGGUACCUACUUACAGCUUCUUGGAGGAAAACAAGUUGAUGAUUGGGUGAGAGUUUGUGAUGGAGUUUACUUAGGGCAGUGCUGCAACAGUGGGCAUCUGUUAUGUUAAAUUUUGGUUUUUCCUCUAAAUAUGUGUGAAAUCAGUAUUCACCAGAAAGGUUAUGGUCUGUUUCCGACCCUUUGGUAAUCUUUUGUAUUGGAUCUUGUAUAUUGCCAGCUCUAGACAGGACUACUAUGAAUAAUUCAACUGGCUUGUUUGGUUUGGCA